GGGCUCCCCAGCCUCUGACAAGUGACAUCGCUUCACAACCCUGCCCAACACGAAAAGGAAAGGCCAGCUAAGAUGAAAACAAAGGCGAGCCACAAGCGAAAGGAAAACACACCACAACCAACACCAGGGCAUUAGACGGAAAAGACACUCGCGCACCAGGGGAAACUUCAGCUGCAGAAAAGAGGCACCACAGCUCGCCCUGCAGGCAACAGGGAAACCCUAACACACCUCCCGCCACAGCUGCUGCCCGCAAGGGCUCUGCCCCACCGCUUUCGCAUCCCCCCCUCAACCACUACAGCCAACCUCCCCACAACACACCACCAGCAAAGCACCGCCACCCCCCUCCCCACGCGCGGGGACACCCCAACAACGCACUUCCCCAAGACCACCACAGCCACCAGGCAAAAAUGAAAACGACAGCCGGAAACUCGCUGCGACCAGAAAGCGAGGAAGCCGAAGCCGCGGCACCCCAUAAAGCCCCACACCCGGCAGCACCCCAAGCACAGCGCCCACCCGCACCACCACCGAGCCUCACCAGCCUCCUGCCCACCACCACACACCAUGCCUGCGCCCGCAACCCACCACACCCGCCUGCGCCACGGCGCCCCGACGCUCCUGCUCCUCCUGACGGCUCUCGCCACCACCCUCGCCUGCCGCCACCUGCCUCCCUGCCACUCCACCUUCCCCUGGGACAGCCUCAGCAUCCUCCGGGACAUGGCUCCCAGACCGCCACAGCCCUGCCAACACCAACAGGCGCCCUUCCCCUUCCCCGACACCCUCCUCCACAACAGCCACCCACAGCAAGCCGCCGCCACCGCCCGACACAUCCUCGACAACCUCUUCGCCACCCUCAGCGCACAGAGCACCCCCCAACACUGGGACGACCAGGCACGCCAUCGCCUCCUCAACAACCUCCACCGCCACAGCCAGCAGCUCCAGCAAUGCCUCGCACCCAACGGCACGCUCUCCCAAGGACAAGGGCCCCGCAACCGCACGCUCACCAUCAGCAAAUACUUCAGGCGCAUCCACAACUUCCUCCACACCCACAACCACAGCGCCUGCGCCUGGGACCACGUCCGCCUCGAAGUUCGCGCCUCUUUCCAGCGCCUCCACAACCUCACCCGCACCAUGUGCAAUUAGACCAACCGCCCCGACCAACCCGCGCGCACCCACGCGCCC